AUCACAGACAGAGUCAUCAGUUAGCAAGAAGUUCUCAAACAAAACAGUCGCACCAAAUCAGUUUUUCUUUUGCAUUGUAAAUUCGUGUCCAGCAUGAUAAAAAUAACACAUUUCGUGAAUCCGCACAAGUUUUUCUUCAAACGGUUGGAGGAUGAAGGGUUUGACAAACAGUUGGAGGAAAUGGAAGUGAAAAUCAAAGGAUCGGUCAACAAAAGAAUGCAGCCGCCAGAUGGACCGGAAGACAUUCAAAUUGGUGACCUGGUAGCCGUGCUUAUGCCAGAUUUUAACAAAUGGAUUCGUGGUGUCAUCAAAGCGAAAGAUGAAACCGGUUUGGUGUACGUAUGGGCAGUUGAUUACGGUGUACCGUUGGUGUCAAAUUCCACGCAAAUUUGCAAACUGCCAGCGAUCUACGCAAAAAUGAAUGUCAAGUUUCAGCGUGUACAUUUGGGUGGUUUAGUCAAUUGUGUUCCAGCUGAAUCAAGCUAUGACUUCGAAAAAGAUAGUGUCAUUAUGCGUGAACAAAGCAACUGGUCGAUGAACGCCAUCGAAAUUGCACAAAGUGUUGUCGGUCGUGCGGUGCACUUGAAAUUUGACAAAGUGGAAGAUGUCCGACUGCCAAACGGGUCACACUUGUUCGGUCAUUUGAAAGUCCAAAAAGCCGAUGGUUCAUGGAAUGACUUAACCACUUGCCUUUCAAAUGCAUUAGUUGCGAAAGUAACCAACGAUACGUGGGCCACUCAUGCACAUCGACUGGACACAAUCAACCAAAAGGAAUGGCUCACGAUGAAUGGUUCGCCGUUACAAGCAAUGAUUGUGGUGUCACCCACUUCAGCUGAAAAAAUUGCCAACGAACUUAAAUUGCAGAAUAAGGACCAAGCAAAAUGUCAGCCGAACAAGAACAAGCCUCGAAUUGAAGAAGAUCAACAAGUUGCCACCGGUCAAGCAAAUGAAAACAUCGAAAAUCAACAUUUGGACAUGAAGGCCGGUAAUACACGCAAUUUUUCCAGAAAACACAGUCUCAGCGUAGCCGCAAGUACGAGAGGCGGUGGUCGUGGUGGUCUUAAUUUCCAUGGCAGUGGAAGACCCAACAAUCGUGUCAACAAUUAUCGUCAACGUGACGAUGACUACAGUUCACAGUUCCCCAAAGGUUGGCACACCAACGGAUUGCUCAACAACCAGAAAUAUCGCGAAGAAAUCGAAUUCUUCGAGUCAUCAUUCAUACCACCAAUCAAUUCAACCUCAUCGGAAAAAGCCGAUGAUGAAUCCAAAGACACGAACACGAAUGAAAAUGGGCCCGUUGAAAAAGUGACACCCAAUGUUGCGACGGCAAAUGCUCAACAGCCAAAGAAAGAUGAUACGGACAUAAAACUGAGUGUGAAUGGUAAUGACAACAACAAUGAUGGAGGUGGCGGCAACAGCCAAGUGAAUACUGCGAAACCUCAAAAUUUGAACGAGAAGACGGAACAGUCUACGAAUUCGAUCAAUGCGAGCCAAACAACAAACAAAUCAGAAUGAAAAGAAACAUCCAGAUUUUCAUCUUUGAUUUAGUUUAACAAAAUCUCACAACAUUUCAUUUUUUUUUCUUUAAAAGUUCUUCUAUGAACGUUUCGCAUUUAUGUCGAUUGUGAAUGGGGUUUCUAACGUCAAACCAAGCUCAUUCAUUGAAUGCUUUGGUCAAAGCUAGGGAUUCAAUCAAAUAAAUUCACUCAUGUAAACAAAAACUCAUAGAAAUAAUAGCAAUACCUAAGUAUAACCUAAACCGCAGUAAAAUUAUUAUGGCUUUCGAGCAGUAAUAAAUACAAAAAUAAAUCAAUCAUUUUCC